AUGCCCGCGGUGGCCCUGCCGGCGUCUAGCAAGUGGUUCGCACCUGCGGGGAAAGAUGGCUUCCCGGACAUGACUUCUCAUCUUAGAGGACAUCUGCAAUCCCACUUCGUGCCGUACGAGCUGCUGGCCCCCGGAGUAGGAGACGAAGACGGCCCCGUCCAAUUCAUCCGGUUCAGCGCCCCGCUCGCCCUGCUGGACGCAGCGGUAGAAUAUAACAGGGAGCACCCCACCGACUGCAUCUCAACCCUCUACAUCGCCCAGGUGCCCUUAUCCGACCUGCCCGAGGCGCUCCGUUCCGACGUCCCGACGCCGCGGUGUCUCGCCGAGCCGCCGGCCGGCGACGAGCCCCUCUACGCGCCCGACGUCUACACCAGCAGCCUCUGGCUCGGCCUGACCCCGACGUACACGCCCUGGCACCGCGACCCGAACCACAAUCUGUUCUGCCAGCUCUGUGGGACCAAGGUUGUCCGCAUGAUGCCGCCGUCGGCCGGCGAGGACCUGUUCAGGAAGGUCAUGGCCGGUCUGGGAAAGCCCGUCGCCAGUGUCGCGAUCCGAGGCGAGGAGAUGAUGAUGGAGCCUGAGAGGCAGGCCUUCCUGGACGCCGUCUGGGGUGCGCCCCCGCGCGAGGGUAUGCUAGAAGUCACGCUGAACCCGCGUGACGUGAUGUUUCUCCGCACCGGCUGGUGGCACAGCGUCAGGAGCGUGGGCGAUCCGGGGCGGCUCAAUGCUUCCGUCAACUGGUGGUUCCGGUUCAGGGAUCUUCGUCGUCCGGAGCGCGGGGGCGGUGCCAAAACAGGCACUUGA